AACAAAGCCGCCCGCAACGCUCAAGAAAAUGGCUUCUGCCGAUAAGAUAAGCCACCCAAAAGGAAGUCUCUCUCUUCUCUUCUGAUCUUCAUCCUCUUCCAACGCGCCUGCAAUGGAGGCCACUCUCCUCUCUUCCUCCUCCUCCAAACCGCCCCCCGGUUCCACCCUACUGACCCGACCCGCAAACCCAUUUCUUCCCCCGACCCUCAGCCCCAGACCCGCCCGCCGUGGCCCCCACUUCCCUUCCAUCCGGGCUGCCAUCUCCCGCUCCAGGAAGGAAGAGACCGUGGACACCGUGAAGCAGCAGCUCGAGAACUGCCACCUGGUCGCCGGAAUUAAAUACAAGGGCUUCACCGUCAAGCAGUUCCAGGAGCUCCGGCGGACCCUCCCGGAAACCACCAAGCUCCUCGUCGCCAAGAACACCCUCGUCUUCAAGGCCAUCGAGGGGACCGAGUGGGAGGCCCUCAAGCCGUGCAUGAAGGGCAUGAACGCGUGGCUCUUCGUGCACAGCGAGGAGAUCCCGGGGGCGAUCAAGCCUUACAGGGACUUCAUGAAGGAGAAGAAGCUGGAGAACAACGACUUCAGUGGCGCGGUCUUCGAGGGGCAGUUCUACGGGCCCGAUGAGUUCAAGGUGCUCGAGAAUAUGCCCACGAGAGCCGAGGUGUACGCGAAGCUGUUGGGUGCUUUGCAGAGUCCUGGGAUUGGAUUGGUGGGGACUUUACAGGCGCCGGCCAGGGAUGUCGUCAUGGUCUUGCAGGCAUUUGUGAAGAAAUUGGAGGAAGAAAGUGGCGGGCAGUAAGGUUUUUGAGCCGUGAUCUUCAUGUCUGUAAGUGUAUAUUUAGAUGUGAUUGAUUACUUGCAUUGGUGUAAUCAAGUCAAAAAAAAAGUGAAAAAACAAUCAAGAAAGCGGGUGAAAGAAGAUUUGCAUUGUUUGAAGAAAAGCUAAGGUUACUCAGUGUUUAGUUCGAGUGCUGCUGAAUUCGGUGGAAGGACGUUGAAGUUUUGUAGAAUGGUUUGUAGAUUAGUUAUGCAAUGCUAGCCACUUUCAUG